AUGUGGCUCAUCAACACAACAACCUACCAGCUCUGCAUGUUUGCCGGCACCAAUGUGCCGCCAUAUGCAAUUCUCUCUCACACCUGGAGCUCCGACGAGGUAACCUUUCAAGACAUUCACAACCUGCCCCUCGCCGCCACAAAGGCCGGCUUCGCCAAGAUCCAGGGAUGCUGCCUUCAGGCUCUACGUCACGACAUCGCCUGGGCCUGGGUCGACUCCUGCUGCAUCGACAAGACCUCCUCGGCCGAGCUCUCCGAGGCCAUCAACUCCAUGUACUCCUACUACCUCCUUUCUCGCGUCUGUUUCGUCUAUCUCGCCGACGUCCCACCCCUGACGUCCUCCCCACCCAUGACCCAGCUCCCUUCUCUCGCCUCCUCACGCUGGUUCACUCGUGGCUGGACCCUCCAGGAGCUCAUUGCCCCCCGCCGCUCCAUUUUCUACGCCGCCGACUGGUCCCGUCUCGGUACCAAGGGCCUGCACAGCACCGAGCGCCCUUUCAUCCAGGCCCUCGCCUCCAUCACCGGCAUCUUCGAGUCCGUCCUCGCAAGGACACGCCACCCGCGCGACUACUCCGUCGCCGAGCGCAUGUCCUGGGCCGCCGCCCGCCGGACCACCCGUGACGAAGACCUGGCCUACUGCCUUAUGGGCCUGUUCGCCGUCAACAUCCCCGUGCUCUACGGUGAGGGGCUGGCGAGUGCCUUCCGUCGGCUGCAGCACGAGAUCAUUUCCACCUCGCCUGACGAGACCAUUUUCGCCUGGCGCGCCGAUCCGGCCCGGGAGAUCGUCGACCCGUACACAGGCGAGGGCCGGCGGUGGGCCGUGCAUUCCUCAGGGCUGUUGGCCGAUUCGCCUGCCGACUUUGCCCACUCGAGGGAAGUCCACCAGCGUGCGCUGCACUCGGCGUCCCCGUUCCGACUGUUCAGCAUGACGAACAUGGGCCUUUCCAUCGUCGCUGAGGUGGUGCCGGUGACGGGCGGUAGUCCUCGGGGGAGCCCCGCACCUCGGAUGACGCCGGACGCGAGACAGUUGGUCGUCAUGCCCAUCGGCGCAAGCGACCGUCCGACGGACACGUCUCCACGCACUCGUGUGGGGAUCUAUCUUGAGCCGGUGCUUCAGACUCCCUCGGCGGGCCAACGGCAGACGUUCUACCGCCGUGUCAGGUGCGGUGAGUUUUGUUUUGCGCCCAAGGGGGAGUUUUUGCGCGGCGAAGAGCUGGACAUUUACGUUCUCGAGGACGGCCAGUUUGCCGAGAUGCAGUUUGCCAACAGAACAGGCUCUCCGGGGCCGGGCGGCUGGUCGCCGUUAAUCGGGGCCAGGUUGUCGCUGUCGCCCAGUGCGUCGCCGAGACCUUCACCGAGGGCGUCGCCAAGGCCCGUUAUGGAAAUGUGA